AUGAUGCAGGUGCGACAGAGGGAGAGGAAGGAAGGCCAUGAACAGAGGAGGGACUUCCUGCUCUCCAUGCAGAAGCCAUUCAGCUUCCUGGAGAGAGAUGAGAAAAAGAGAGAGAAGCUGAUGCAAAUGAUAAGCACGGUGGCACAGACUCAAAAACCCAAGGCCACAAAUGUCAGGAAACCAAUACCUAAAGCAAUCAAUGACCCUGCAGUCUCUGAGCAUUUUAAAGGUGCGUUGCCUAAAAUAAUAUCUCUAGAGAUAGUGCUUAGGUACAGGAAAUGGUGUUAUAAAUGUAUUAUUAUCCUCUCUAAAUCUAGUUUUUUUCUCACUGAAUUCUGUAUGCUCUGUAGAGGAGGAGCUGCGCAGGAAGAUACGCACCCAGCUGAGGGCCCAGGAGACACACACAGCACCUAUAGAGAACCAAACUCAUACUGAGAACCCUGAACCUCACAGCUCCCAGUGCACUAAGAAGGAGGUCCUGGCCUUCCUGGAUCAGAAGCCUACCUUCCAGCCCAAGACCACCUCCCAGGUCCCUGACUUUGAUAGGCUGCACAAGGCUUUCCACAGGGAAGCCCUGAGAAGGGUAGAGAGGAAAGUGUCAGCCCUUCCACCUGCGGACGUCAACCCUGCCCUCAAGACCAAGCAGGAGCAGCUCUGAAAAAUAACAAGUGAGCUUACUGUAGAACUCUGCAAAUAUAACUUAGUUCAGAGCUUUUUGUUACUUUGGCAUUGUUUUGUUUCCUCAGGUUAUUUUUGUUCUCAGGAACCCACAGUCAGUGCCUUUUUGAAGAGAAACAAUUCCUUUGGUGGUUUAACAUCGCUGUCUACAGAUACGCGUCCCACCUACAUUACAGAUGCAGCAAGGAAACGCUGUAUGGCAAUUAGGUAAGAGGGAACUGUGAACUUCAUUAUUAGAUGAGUCUCUUUCAUUUGCACAGAUCACAGUAAAGAUUAAUAUUACUCUCUCUGUCCUCUGGUCCAUCAGAAGUUCUGUGGAGCAGAGGGAGUGCAGAGUUUAUGAGGAAACACAGGAUGAGGUCUCAGGCCAUGAAGAAGACAGUGGCUGUCCGUGCCAAGGUCAUGGAUCCUCACUGCAGCCUGAAAGAGGUGUACCAUGAGAAUCUGAAACAGCACCGGUGAGUACAUGGAAAUUCCUUAGAUGAAAACUGAAAAGAACAGCCUGAUUAAAGAGUUGUACUGUAUUUAUUUACUUAAUGUGUCUGUGGCUCUGUAGGGAGUCCGACCAACAAAGGACUAGAGAGUAUAAGAAGGAGCUACAGGAUAUGAAGGCCAGAGUCACUGUCCGUCCUUACCUGUUUGAACAGGUGUCACAGGUAAAGUAUGGGCUUGCAAUGACCUGGAAACUACAUUUCUGGAAUUGCAAGCACUUAAGAAGAGCCUUUGAACUGUUAACUGUUGUGUUUUUAACUGUCAUGCCCAUUCUCUAUUCCAUUGCUUUUGAUGGAAUUGCUCUAGAAAAACGCCAAGGAUGACGCAGAGCGACUAUACAGAGACAAGCUGAGGGAAGCUGGUUUGAAUGAGCAGUUUGUCAAAACAAAGGGAGAAGAGUUUGAAACGACACCGAUCUUCAAAUCUGAUGACGAUGACGAUUGUGAUGACCGAAGUGUUGAGAGUGACAUGGAGAAAAGGUACCUACAGUGACAACAAGGGUGUGUAGCAGAGUGUCUACCCACUAACUGUUAGUUUUAUUCAUACAAUAUGUAAUACCACUAGGAAUACCACUGCAGCUGGAAAUCCAAGGACGCUAUGUGGUUUAGUCAUAUAUACAUUACAAUGUUGCAUUACAUAAUACUGGGAGACUGUAAUAAAGUAUUUAGUAAAGAGAUGACAAAUACUGCAGCCAAGCAAAACGUUGAUGUAAUUACAAUAUAGACAUUUUCUAACCUGACAUGUCUGAUUUAGGAAUGGAAACAUAGACGUCUGGGAGAAAAUUGAAGAGGUAGAGGAAGAGAGCGUGAAAACCAGAGUGGAAAAAAAUGUAUGAUCAAAAAGUUAGACCCGGCAUGGAACUCCAUAUAGCUAUUCUGUUUCAAAGAGCACUAUGUUCAAAAAUAAUUAUAGUCUAGUUUAACUAUGUUGAUCUAGUCUUUGACUGUCUGACAUGUUAUGUUAUGAAUUAUAACAUUUCUAAACAGGGAUAUAUGGCCUAUGGAGCUUUUAAAUUGAUAUUAAAUGGAGCAAAUGUGAGAAAAUGAAUAAAGGUUUAUAGAACUAUAUAUUUAUAAGUAAUUUUGAAUUUUACAAUGGCAGGGUAUUAUGUAAUAUUAAAUGUAUGGCUGCAUAAUAUUUCAACCUUAUUAAAACUGAAUAUCAAAGGCUUGUUUGGUUUUAUGAAAUUAAUUUCGCCGGGAUACGCGUGGCAUUACAAAGGAGAACAGUUAUUUG